GUCAAAAUGGUGUACCUUCUAAACAUGUCAAAUGUCCUGUCCCCCUUAGCUUUACUUAGCAUACCGUAACAGGCACUUAACGGUUUGUGCUGCGGGCAUAUUGUACUUGUUUAUCAAAAUGUCUCGCUUUGGUAUUCGUUUUUCCAGAACUACGGUCCUUUCAAAUGUUGUACUUCGUCUGUCUUAUAGUUAUACCGGGCGGCAUCUGUCGCUGAAUAUAAGUUCUUGGAACGCAGGUGGACUCAACGUCAAGAAAUAUUGCCAAGACGCAGGCAGGAGUGCACUGGGAAAGUAUGUAUGUUACAACCUGAAGCACAGGACCUUACUGAACAUCCAAGGGCAAGACACACGGGCAUAUCUUCAAGGAAUUGUAACCAAUGACAUGGAGCUCUUAAAAGAACCUGACCAUAGAGCCAUGUAUGCACAUAUGCUGAACGUUCAAGGAAGGACACUCUUUGACAUAAUCAUGUACAGAUUAAAAGAUGCUGAAGUUGGGUGUAGUCUUUUGCUUGAGUGUGACAGUACCGUCAAGGACUCAGUUUUGAAACAUUUGAAGUUGUACAAACUUCGCCGGAAAGUGAACAUCAAACCUUGCCCAGAGCUGACAGUAUGGGCAGUUCUUCCUCGGGAUAAGGUUGCAGGCUGUCAAGAGAUCCCCAACAUCACACCCCCUGAACAGGCUCUUAUAUGUGAAGCAGAUCCAAGAAAUGCUGCAAUGGGCUGGAGGUUGGUGGCUGACAGUAAAGUGAAUCCUUUGGAUCUUAUUCUAUCAUGUCAGCUGGGUGACUCGGAGGAGUACCACAAACAUCGCUAUGCAAUAGGGCUUCCAGAGGGAGUGAAGGACCUACCUCUGGGGGUGGCCCUUCCGUUGGAGUCCAACCUGGUGUACAUGCAGGGCAUCAGCUUCAGUAAGGGUUGCUACAUUGGCCAGGAGCUAACAGCCAGGACUCAUCACACAGGGGUGGUGCGGAAGCGCCUGAUGCCGGUGCGUCUGUCGGCACCAGCCGAAGGCCUGGAGGAGGGAGCGCCACUACAGACGCAGUCAGGAAAACCGGCUGGGAAACACAGGGCAGGGAUUGGACAGCUGGGCCUCAGUCUAAUCCGCCUGGCUCAUGCCAAAGAGCCACUAACUCUUAAGUCGUCUGAGGACACGGCCGUGACUUUAGAGGCGUCUGUGCCUGAUUGGUGGCCUAAUGACUCCAAAAUGAAAUAGGGAAAGAGGUAUGGUCUUGGUUGCCAAA